AUGGCUGCUAACGGAUCCAUCAUUGUUUCGAAAACUCUGACGACCAUCUCUCUCGACCGUUUGAGAGGUGGAGAUGAGACGGAGAGUCAGAAAUUACUUGCUGCUUGUCAAGGCCAAGGUUUCUUCUAUCUCGACUUGAGCAGCGACCCAGAGCUAUGCGCGUUGUGGGAAGGCAUGCUAGCAAGGAUGAAGACCUACUUCGAUCAGCCACUUGAUGUCAAGAUGCAGGACGCCCGAAACAGUGACAACUACGGAUACAUACCUGUCGGCACUGAGGUUGGAUCCAAGCCAGAGACCAAGGAUGGCUACGAAACUCUCAAGUUUUCCCGUCGAGAAUAUCUGAAGGGCUCGACAGACCUCACCACCUCUGUUCGCUUCCAAUCAGACUACUUCUUCUCCUAUACCAAGCAGGUGCACGCCAUCACGCUUCUGAUCCUUGAGCGUCUCUCGUCCGAGUUAGGUUUGACCGGUUCUUUGCGCUUUGAGUCCGAUCACGAGGACUCCAAACCCUCUCUUUCCACGCUCGUCCUACUUCAUUACCCCAAGCAUGACGAGGCUACCGCACCUACGAAUGUUGGCCAUCUCAAGCACACGGAUGUCAGUUCACUCACCAUGGUGCUUACCCAACAGUGGGGUCUCCAAAUCAUGUCUGCUGAGACUGGACGUUGGGAGUUCCUUGAGCCCCGGCCCAAACACGCCAUCGUCAACGUCGGUGAUUUUCUGAUUACUGCUUGA